ACGAGCGACGCCGCCACGCUCGGGUCGAACGCUCGCGCCGGGUUGGCGGCGGCGUCGGCGGCGGCGGACGGCGCGGGUGGGGGUGGACCGCCGCCGCGGGGGUGUGGGGAAGCGCCUCUCCGGGUCCCGGAGAAGAGGCUCCGCGCGGCCUCGCUCUCCUCUUCGCUGGCGCAAAACUCCCGUCCUGUGGCAGCGCGCUCCUCUGUUCGCCGCCAGCCCGUCCCAGUGUCAGGUGGUCGCGCGCCGCCGCCCGCUCAACGCCGCCGAAAAAAUCUCUCCCGCUCUGCACGCGCGCCCGCUCCGCCUGCCCUCCUUCGGCUGGAGAGGUCCUCCCUCCACCUUUGCUAUCGCACAGCGCUUCGUCUUCUGUCCCGUUCGUCGCACGGGCCCGGAUCGACCAACGUCCAGAGGGACCAGUUCGUAAGCGAACGCGGCGGCUGUCGUUCGAGCCUGCUGCGAGUGGUUCUAGUUCGUCGUCCCCGUCACCGGGUGAAGUGCGCGGCGUGCGAGCCGGUGCUUUUCGUUUGUGAGACCUCGACUGACCUCCGGGUCGGCACCUGGCCACUAGAGAGAAGUACUACGCUGCGAUGUAGUGUGGUGUUCCGGGAAAGUGCCAGGGAAGCCCGGUGGACCGCCGCUUUCUCGUUGCGAGGGAGCGCGCCCCGAAGAAAUGCUGAUGCUUCGGAAGACGUCCCGGAUGGGUCGGCACCGCCACCGGACACCGGCGCUAUGGGCAGCGAUCGCGGUAAUCUUCUGGUCCUGCGGCUUGGUGCACUUGGAGGCGUCUCCAAAUCCAGAAGACGAAGACCCUAGCACAGAUCCCAGCAUUGUGGACGUCGAUGGUUGGGGUCCCUGGGGUCCCUGGAGCUCGUGUUCGCGAACGUGCGACGGAGGAGUGAGCAGUCGGUCCCGGCGAUGCCUAGCCCGAGGCGGGUGCGUGGGCGACGCCACUAGGACGCGCAUCUGCAACAUGCAGCCGUGCCCCGAGCCCGUGGACUUCCGGGCGGCGCAGUGCGCGGCCUUCGACCGGGUCCCGUACCGCGGCCGCCUGUACGAGUGGACGCCCGUGCAGGACCCGAGCGACCCGUGCAGCCUGACUUGCCAGGCGCGCCAGUUCAAGUUCAUGGCCAAGCUGGCGCCCCGGGCGCAGGACGGCACGCGGUGCCGCGACGGAGCGCUCGACAUGUGCGUCCAGGGAAAGUGCCUCCCCGUGGGCUGCGACCUGGAGCUGGGCUCACUGGCCGAGGUCGACGAGUGCGGCAUCUGCGGAGGCAACGGGACGUCCUGCAAGGCGCCCAUCUUCGCUUGGGCCGAGGCGCCGUUCUCGCCUUGCUCGGCAACCUGCGGUGGAGGCUACCAGGAGAGCCACCCAGUGUGCACGUCGUCGGACACGGGCGCCGAAGUGGACGACCGGCUCUGCGACGUGGACUCCCGGCCGGACUCCAGGGUCCGAGCCUGCGGGAGCAACCCCUGCCCGCCAGGGUGGGAAAUGGGCGAGUGGAGCGAGUGCAGCGCCUCUUGCGGAGGAGGCCGGCAGGCGCGCAACGUGUCCUGUGUGCGUCCUUCAGCGAUGCCCGGCGCGGCCACGGCGGCUGUGGCCGAGCACUUCUGCCCCGGACAGAGGCCGGCCGACACGAGGCCCUGCAAUGCGCACCCCUGCUCGCGUUGGACCGAGGGCCAGUGGUCACAGUGCUCGGCCACGUGUGGCGUGGGCACGCAGACACGGGCGGUGGAGUGCCGUGACAUUCGUGGCCGUAAGAGCCACCUGUGCGACCCCAAGAGACGGCCGCGGUCCAAGCAGCAGUGCUCGUCGGGAAGCCCCUGCUUCUUCAAGGGAAAAGAAUACGGUUCUCAAGAGGAUGCUCCUCCUCAAGGCUUCGCACCUUUCAACACACCCUCCAAACCACAGCACCAGUCACCGGAACCAAGCUUCAUCGUCGGGGACUGGGGAUCCUGCAGCGUCACAUGCGGCGAUGGCGUCCAGAAGCGAUCCGUGGAAUGCAAGAUCUUCCUCGAGUUCUCCCGCACGAUGGCCAAGCUGCCCGACAAGGAGUGCACUGGCAUCCGUCCGGCGGAGAUGCAGCGCUGCGCGAUGCGUCCCUGCGCCCUGGACCAGAACCGUGGUGACUCCGAAGAGGAGGACGAGGUCGACGAGGAGGGCGACGGCGCCGAUGGCUUGGGCGCCGAGGACAAACUGGACGCGCCGUACUCGUGGCGCUCGGCGGGAUACACGCCCUGCUCGGCGUCCUGUCUGGGAGGAAUCCGCGAAUCCUUGGUGGAAUGCGUGCGCAGCGCGGAUGGCCAGCCGGUGAGCUACAUCUUGUGCGACAUAAAAGAAAAACCAGAGACCAUCACAGAGACGUGCAACAACAUGCCGUGCCCCCCGAGGUGGAACGCGUCCGACUUCACGCCGUGCACCAAGCCCUGCGGCGGUGGGUCGCAGUGGCGCAGCGUCCAGUGCGUGCACGAGGUCACCAGAGGCGUGGGCAACACACUCGUCGUCCACGAGAGCCACUGCCCGGAUCCCAGGCCCCAGGAACGACGAAUGUGCAACCUGGUCGACUGCGUGGCUCGGUGGAAACCGGACAAGUGGACGAAGUGCUCCAAAAGUUGCGACGGCGGAGUGAAGACUCGCAAGAUCCGCUGCCAGAGGGAGCUAGCGUACGGCAGUGUGGCCGAACUGCCGCCGUCCAAGUGUGCAUCCAGGCGCAAGCCCCGCGCCGUCAAACCCUGCAACUCCAAGCCCUGCCGAGGAGUCAAGGGUUCCGUGCAGGGAGGACCCGAGAGAAAGGUAUCCCUGACAGCCGAAGGAGCAGCAUCCGUGUACAGGGGAACGACGCUCAAGAUGCGUUGUCCAGGUGUCGUCGUCAAUGCUUCCACCGACGUCAGCCGAGUGAAGUGGCUUAAGGACGGCGCGCCCGUGAAGGCAUCCUCGCGUCGCAUCGCCGUCUCAAGGAAGGGGGCGCUGCGGAUCCGCAAGAUGGACUUCGACGACUCGGGCGUCUACGUCUGCUCGACGGGGACCACCACGGGGCAGCUCAUACUCUCCGUGAAGCCGCUCGCGUCAGAGUCUCCGGCGAAAGGUGUGGACCAAGAGACAUACAGUACAAAAGACCUGCGAGGAAUUGGCGCGAAGCGCCCGAAAGGAGUCGACUUACCUGCUUUCAUCAAUGGUGUCGAUGACGCCAAGAACAAGAAGGGACUCAAGGACCGCGACGGUCAGGCGAUCCACGAGGUCAAGGGUACGCUUGAGGACCCGACGGCUCGGUCGGGAGCGGCGAGCUACCACGGAGGCGCCACCAUCCCUAGCAUCCAGACGCUGCUCUCGGACUUCCACAAGAGGCUGGGCGGAGGCAGCAGCCAAGUGAAGCCUGAAACCCUGGCAUCGGAGGACGACGACGACGCCCUGAUGCACAAUAGCUACGUCCUUGGUCGGGGCAAUGCGGAUAGCCUGCAGUUUGAGUGGGAGACCACGCCUUGGUCCCUCUGCUCCCAAACGUGCGGAGGAGGUGGACUACAGGUACGUGUGGCACAAUGCAUGGUUCGCCUGCACAAUGUAUCGAAGACCGUGGACAACACGCUGUGCGUGGACGCCGGCAUGGAGGCGCCACUGAUAAUCCAGAGCUGCGGUACCGACAGCUGUCCGCGUUGGGUAACGGACCCCUGGACGGAGUGCACGAAGGGACAUUGCCUGGGCCUCAGCCGUGCAGUCCAAGAGCGGCCGGUGAGCUGUCGACUGGCCAACGACACCAUUGUGGAGGACAAGCACUGCGAUGUUUCCAUUAGGCCUCAGGAUCAGCAGGAGUGCUUCAGCGAACUCUGCAGAGGCGUCUGGAAGGUCGGCGAGUGGUCGGAGUGCACAGCGACAUGCGGAGAGAGUGGUUUCCGCACGCGUAUUCUGCGCUGCGUGUGGUACGGCACAGACCGGCCCGCCGGAGACUCGUGUCGGAGUCACGACCGACCCGAAGUGCUCCAAGGAUGCAAGGCUCCACCGUGCGACGCGGCCACAGGGCAAAACUGCGAAGAUCACUCACGCAACUGCCAAAUGAUCCGCCAGUUUCGCAUGUGUCACAUGAAGAACUACCACGACCUUUGCUGCGCCACCUGCGAGCGCAGCUAGAAGCUUCUUCUACCGGUUCCGCCUUGGGACGGCUGCCGCGCUUCCGAUGCCGGCUCCGCCAGCGCCUUGGCCUUGUCGAAGCAGUAGGCCAAAGCGUCGCCGUCCGACACAGCUUGGUCAACCACCGAGACCGACCGCAGCGGCUCUGUCGUCGUCGUCGUCGUCGUCGUCGCCGUCGCGUUUAUUUUUGUCCCUCCAGCUGCCGCCGACAGAUGAUGAGGCCAGCUGAGAUGUUGCGUCCGUUGGCGAUGUUUCGUGGAAGGCUUCCCCAGUGUGUGGUCCGUGAGGGAAGCUUUAAGACGUGGUGCGACGAGAUAAGGCGCUGCAGGUUUCAGAACGCGUUCGCAGCAGCGCGCGCUAUAGCGAUGGCUGCGCGAUGUUUGUCUGUCGCGUAGAGAAGUUUUGUUGUGCUUUCGUGACCCGCGCACGGCGGAUGCGGUGGUGACGGGAUGCCCGAAACCGUGUUGACAACUGGGCUGUCAUUCCCGUCUGUCGAACCAUCGCCGUCUCCCUGUGAAUCAGCUGAAGGAGAGAUUCUACGGCGCAGUGUGUCCUCUUACAGCACUGUGCUGUAGACAGUCACAUCUUUCGCACUGAGUAAGUGUAAUGUUCGCCUUGUAGCAAUGUUUAUAGUCUCAAGCUGAAGAAGAAAAUGCCGCCGAAAACGAGUAACUAAAGCUUUAAGAGUGCUUGUUAGGGCUAAUUAGUUGACAUAUUCAGGAAAACGCCGGGGCGUAGUCGAGUGUCAGAUCCGUCAACCCCUACGGGGAGAAUUCGCUGCCUAGGCGGACUCGAGUAGCCGGAGAUCUUGCAGGCGUUAGCAUUAAACAGCCUUACUUUUUUAUAUAUCUUUUUGUUGGUGGUUUCGUUCAGGUGUGCCGCCAUUACGGCCGCCCACUUAAAAUGUCACGCGCAAAUGCUAAGGUCACUAGACCAUCUAGAUGUGACUGCCUGUUUUUCAGAACAAUGUGAGAAGCACCGAAUCAGCCGAACUCUCCCCGUUUGACUACAGACAUCUGAUGCUCGUUUAUAGGCAACAUGCGCAUGGUCUCCUGGCAGAUGAUUGUACGUCGAAAGGAUGGGCGGGGCGAGCAAUCACGACAACAAACUCGGAGUAUCAUUAGAACGAGGUUUCUCAAAAUGAUAUGUAGAAUGACUUGGGCGUUGUCUUAUGGCGCAAGUUACAUUUGUCUUGCAAAAAAUGUGGCACCACUGCGGUACAGACACAUUAUUUAGCUGCAGUUUUUUUCUUUUUGUUGUCAUUUAUUAUACUAUUUGUACAAAUAUCAAUUAUUGCAUCUUUGAAAGUUGUCUGACAACUAGCGAUAGCGGGGAUGGCGAAAUGACGAGCAGCGAGUCAAUUCUGCGGUUAGUUAGGUAUAGUACAUAUAUGUGGCACCCCUGCGAAUAGCUCUUCGCAUAGUCCCCAUCCCGUAAACUUGGAAGUCGGGACGCAAUGCCAAGUUAAUUUUUUAAAAUUUCUUCUAUCAUGACAUCCAGUUGGCGUGCAGCCUGCCGGAGAGAGAGAACCAUGCCGCUUUGUGAGCGGUAUACUUCUUCAGAAUGAGGCAAAUUCGAAACGUUGCCACUGGUGCUGUACUUCGUAUUAAGUUCAUCCUACCGAAAUGUUUCCGUAUGCCAGCCAAAAAUUUCACCUUUUUACGUCUUACUCACUGAUUGUUUAUGGAAUUCACCAAUAUUCCACGCGAAGUUCACAUGAUUUCUGAUGAAUGGUGCGAACAACGAUACGUGGAAUUGCAUGGCCGCAUGCAAAACGUUUCAGUAAGGCGAUAUGUAUUCUCACCUCUCAGUCGAAGUUGUCAGUGCUGCGUAUACGUUUGUGCCAUAGGCGAGAUGUACUGCGUUUUAUGUGCGAAGUCUUGCUGUGUUGAACAACCAAUGUGAAGAGAUAACUACAUUUUGUUUUGCAUAAGUGCACUGCCAUAACAUUCCUUGGAAUAGAAUACACUGAAGUCACUGCAAUCAAGCUAUGUUUGGCAAAGAACGGGAAACAAGCUAACAGUUCUGAUUACAGGUUAGCGCUCUGUUUUCCAUGUUUACAGAUGUCUAAUACUGUAUUGGUGAUGAUUUUUGGUCAAAACAGCAAUUUUGUGCUCAUGAGGCCCGCCUAGCUUAAUAGCGUUAUUAAGGAGGGAACGCUUUCCCAUUUCCUCACGUCAAUGUUAGAUCGUAAAUGCUUUGUGGGACUUCAAGCACAAGGCUUGGAAGUGCCGUUAUUGCUGAGUGAAUUAUGUUCUAGUUGAUGUUAAUCGCUAUCUCGUUCAACUGAACGAGUUUCAAGGUAGGCGCAUGUCAUUGUUGACACCGAAAAAUUACAUCACUGCAAUAAUACAAUGUUUUGUUCUGUAUAAAGUGAUUUCAUGAUGAUUUUAUAUUUUCUCGAAUAUAGCACAUCUAAUGCAUUGUACUAUAGUGUAGCGCAACUGAAGAAUCAUUACCCCUGUUCGGAAAGCUGGUGUUGAAUUUUGCAUACUUGUAUGUUUGUUGAAUGUUACGUCCCCUGUCGGACGACAUUACUCCUCGACAAGAAAACGGGUUUAUGUGACACGAAGACAUUUCGAAACGCUUCGAACUUUCGUGUCCCCUACGCUGCAUUUUUGUUUGGUCAGGCAUCCUGGUUUUGUCAUUUUCCUGUUCUGUCUUCUGUUUCGAUUCGUCAUUGUAUUUUUUUCCUUGUACACACCGAGAAGGCGAUGCUCUCGUCUGAAGGAUUGUGUUUUACUUGAAAUGGAAAAAAAGUAUAAAGAGUGUGUUCAAGUUACUGCGACUGGCCCUGUAUCGCGCGGCAUAAACUUCCAUCUGUCCUGUGAAUUAGGCCGUUAAAAUCAAGCUUAACAUUGACCAAGUUGAUACUUGCUCUUGAAGUUGCUUUGUUUUUAUUGACUUGCUGCAAGAUCGGUAACAUGUCGAGCUGCAUCAAGCGGGCAAUACAUUUUCUCGUUCGAAUGACGCCCACGUUUGUCGCACCACCGUUAGAAACCUAUUUCUUUGGUAGUACAGCUUCAAAUAUUCCGCUGAAAGUGGUUUAAGCCAUUUAAAUGUUUAUUUUAUGAGUGCAAGUAUGUGAGCCUCGUCGUACUUGUAGUGAUGAGGUUUCGAGGAUCAAGCGCGACUCGCGGCGAGAAAAUACAAAGCAGAAAUGUGCGCGAUGACCACGAAGGAUCGAUUUGAGGAAAGCGAACUUCUCAGGCUCUCAACUACGGUCAGUGUGAUAUUGAGGAAACAGACUGAUAUUGGCCCUUGGUCACAUUUAUUGUGACUUCAACACAUAUGCUCUGCAUCCUGCUACCGUGUAUUUCUAUAGAAUAAGUAAUUAGGCCUCAAAUGGCUCUACUUUCCUCUCGUGCUUAGCCACAUGGACCUGAAAUGGUCUUAGACACGUGAACGAAAAUAUGAGCAGAUUUUUGGAAAAUACAUCUAUGAUGGCUAGCACUGCACCAUCCGUUCAUGGAAUUUUCUUACGUUCCGCGCCACCUUACGUACUUUCACUUCGAACAAAUCUAUGUGGUGCCUACUGUGUAUAGCUGUAUACAGUAGUACAUUCAUAUUGUUACCUGUCUCUGUAGGGCACUCUAGAUCAUUUUAGCUAGCUGUCUCUCAAGGUUGUGUCAAAUAUUUGAGAAUGAAAGCUUCGUGAACAUUAACAGUUGGUUGUCACCUAAAGUAAAUGAAAAUGGCAUACGUUUCCGGAGACACUCAGUCAAAAAAUGUCAUUAAAAUUACAUUUGUCCGUCUUUUCGUUCAUUAUGGUUGUUCGUACGCUUCACUCGGAAAAAUGUCGAAGGACAGGGCACAAAUAUUUCGCCGUACACUACUUUGCUCCAUGUAAAGAUUUGACACUUGAAGGAACCAUGAAGGGCUGAGUGGUAUGACUAUUUAGGUGGAAUGAAACAGGCAUAUCGGUGAAACCACGAAAGUUACCUUGAAUCACGAAUGAUGCUAGGUCGGUGGUCAUGCCUUUCUUUUUCUCUCAGAACUCACCUAAUAACGUUGCCCCCCCCCCCUUUUUUUUUUCUUAUUCUGGCAAAUGCUUCCAACUUGUCAUGAGUUGGGUACGUAGCAUGUCAUUCCUGCAGCUGCUUCAGGAGGUACGUGAUACCCUAAUGUUCCUGUAGAACAUUCCGCGUUGACGUUGCUCUUGCGGGAACUAGAGCAAGAUAAAUUAAAUCGCCAAGAUCGCUGGACAUGAGCCUACAUUCCAUUUGUGCGUCGCUUCUCUUGCGAGAACUAAACGUGCGGUCGACAAACCUUCGGUCAUGUUAUGAGAGAGUGCUUUGCACGAACAGCUCUGUCCUCGUGUUGCUACUUUUGCUUAGGAGCAGAAGGCCAUUCGGAGGAAGGCUUUCGUUUUGCUCUAUGACAACACGUGUGCGUUAUAAGAACGCGUUCUUCUCGUGGUGACUCUGGUGGCUGCAUGUAAUCCUUGGCGCGAAAUUGGAGAACGCGCGAAGCUUCCUUAAUUAUACAGCUUUAGUGCCUCAUUGAGAAACAUUAGUUUACCAAACAUACAAAACAGACACUCAUCGCUGGGUAACAGAGCAUGCGCGGUGCAGGGAAAGCAACUUAGCCCCAGUCGGACACCCACAACGUUGCAAAUUCGAAAGGACAACAAAUUGCGUUCGCUGAACACCGGCGUUGGAUUGCGUUCCACACGCGAAGCAAAUAUAUUGUGCCAGCAAAUUGGUGCGUAAUAUUGACACCAUUACAUUUGUCACGGCUUGUUUUGGCAUCUCCGUUAUGCAGUAUGACUUUGGUAACUGCACUGAGAUAUGAGCUCUUAAUGUUUUCUUCAGCUUCGGUCAGUUCCAUUAAGUCGUGGAACUUGCGAUACGGGACGAAAAAUGGUGUUGCGAAAAAGUGAGAAGCUUAUCUCAGUUGAGUGUCGCGAGCAUGUCCUGCGUCUCUCGGGAACUGGGUAGCUUCUGGAUCUACAAACCUUUUGACCCAAAAUUCAUUUGCCAUCAGAAAAGAAAAAGUCUAGAAGAGAAAGACGGUAAAACCAUUAAAAACGUUCAGUUGCACGGGUUACUGCGCAGUUGAAUGCAUGCCAUCCAUAAGAACAAAAAUUAUAUACGCACUGUUCAAGCUAAAAUUGAGGACUUUUUAUUUUGCUUGGCCAGUUACAGCCGGCAGAGGUGCAGGGUGUGGGUCAUUUGAGGCAUCUGCGACUUGAGACAGGGUAUACAUAUCAUUUUCGGUUUACGUGCACUUCGUUUAGAUGCGCAAGUACCCGCAUUCACGACUACUGUGCGACACUUGAGCCAUGGUUUGUAUAUAUGCCUUUCUCGGUCGAUUGGGGCUGUAUGAAAUUCGUAGCAAAAUUCUCGAAGGUGACGGAAAACUUGUGUUUCAUUUCUAGGACCUAGUGGAAAAGAAACGUAGACGAGAUAUUAAUGGUGAUUUUCUCGGCAACGCAGCAACAGAUUGAUCCGUUUUUACCCCGGAAUGUGCUGACUAACGUAAAGCUGAAACAAAGUGCUAGUAAUUUGCCCAAGGUACAGUGUUUCGUUUUUAUAUCCUGCUUUGUGAGUUACAUAUUAACUAGUUUUUUUUUUUCGUGCACCUGCGAAUAACUGAGCACACCGUGCGGCCACCAAACCAUUCAACGCAUGUCGAAUAGAUUCAUGGCACUCAGCUGGUGAUUGCUCCCUUUGGUAUUACUUUAAGGAAAUUUGGCGCCAAGGAAAGAAAAACAAUAAGCUCUGGUUCAUUGGAUGCUUGAAGUAUUUGUGGCUGCUCACGUAUCGCAAAGGAUGUGUAGUCGGCUCAUUGUGUGAGGCGUCAUUUAUUGCCAAGAACAUCAGUGAAUUGACUCUGUGAGGUAGCAUUUUCUUAUAUGUAUGUUUCAGAAUGGGCGUUAGUGCAGUAGCUAUUUGUCCAUAUGGUUAACGCGUCACCGAAACCCACACGGAAUGCACGCUUAGGCAUGUUCCUGUGCCGCAGUACCUUGCGGGAAGUGGCACGCACGAUUCAGAAAAAGCGCAUGCAAAGCACUAUUAACAGUGUGAGUGGAUCUCUACUUUCGUUAAUUUCUUGCUUCUGCGCGCACGUUUUGCCGAGGCUAACUCUCGUGACUUAUAGGAUGAGAUGACAACGCUUAGUAAACUAAUCAAUGGGCGAGUGAGUAAGCUUUCUAGCGCUCCCCCCAACAAUUCAAAACAGCAGAGCGCUCCCGUCGACGACACGACGCAACGGUUAAGAUACGUGGCGUUAUCAUCUACGUUUAGCUAAGCGAAAGGAACAAACACGAUGAGCAUGAUGUAUUGCUGUCAGAACGACAGAAAGCUGAGCUAGUUGGUAAGGAUUCAUUAUGCAAAAAAGAAGUGAGGCGUGCAGACAGGACACAAGAGUAGAGAAGUGGACAACACGAACGGCGUUCGUGUUCACUUCUCUACUCUUGUGUCCUGUCUGCACGCCUCACUUCCUUUUUGCAUAUUGCUGUCAAUAGAAUUAAACUGGGAACGUUCAAAACGUGUUUCCUUCAUCUGUAUAGAGGGAGGAACGUAGCACAUGAAGCAGGGCCAAUGUGUUCCCCAAUGUUUACCACAUUGGUUAAGUUUUCUGUGGCGCGAAAAAAAAAGAAAAUAAAGAAAUAAGAAAAGCGUUUGAACGGAAUGUCAGGAUUUGUUUUAGUUCAAACUCACGCCUGCGGGAAAUUAUUUGUGCACACUCAUUAUUUCAAUACGGAGAGCCGUGACCCGCGUUUCCCCGAACGUAUCAGUGUAUAUUUAUUUUGUUUUCCUUUGCUGCAUAGACAAAGCCCGAUAUUUUAGAAUAACAGAAAGCUGAGAAAAUCGGUAGGGGAGACAGGAAGCAUACAAAACACUAACACGAGAUGAAGUCGGCCCUCUCAGCCUUUCUAUCGUUUUUGGGUUCAAUUUCUAGAAUACUCUGAGCGCCGGCUACUUCCUUUCCAAAUUAUCUGACCAAUCCCACAUUUUUGCCAAAGGCGUUUGCAUUGUCCUUUUCACUCCCUGUGUGUCGUGUUUUUGUACGCGUACCUUUUUUCAAAUCAUGCGUAAGAUCUAGUACUUUCUUUUUGGGUUUGCCAGAAAGUGUCACGAAGUGUUUGAGAAACAACUCGUGCUUUCUUUUUUUUCUCCUAUCUCGCAAUUCCGCGCAUUUCUCUUUAGUUAUAUUUUAGAAUUUUGUGCUCUGCCACCUUUAUUACUCAUUAGAGUCAAACUGUUGUAGAUAAUAUUUAAUAGCAUAUGCUCUGGCCUCGCUCAUUGUCACUUCUUUCCCAGCUGUCGCGCUGUCUUCAAGCGAGCACUGGUACCAAACUUGACUUGACGCUUUUGAGUUACAAAUCAAUAUCAUGUUGUCAAGCACGAUGGAUUGUCUCCACUGGACAAAUGUCGUGGCACCCACGAUGUUAAGCAGCUAUCACGCGUCAGCUGUGUAGUGCUCUGUAACAUAAAACUCACGUGUGUUCACUUGAAAGUAUGAAGAGCCGCCUGUUGAAAAGGCGUCACAGAGAGCUAUUCCCCCGAGGUGUGUAUGAAAGUUCACUACAAGAGCAAUAAGUUUUUUUUGUGUGUGUAUGUGUCUGUGUGACAUGUUAUUUAUGAUCUCGUAGUGCCAAUAAAUUAUGACCUAGAAAAA